AUGCACUUCUGCACGAUAAUCUCGACGGUUCUCCUUACUAUUGCGAGGUUUAUUGUUUCAGAAGUUCCCUGGGUAAAAACAGAAUUCUCCUUUGUUCCUGUGAAAAAGAACGCUGAUGUCAAUAUAUCAUGUGCGUACGAUGGCACGCCAUCUCCUCAAGCUGAGUGGUUCUUCAACGGGUAUAAAAUCAACGUAAGCCUCGUUAGAUUCUCUGAGGAACGAUUUCGUAACACUGCACAAUAUGCUCAACGAAGUGCCAACUAUACUAAUGCUAUCCUUACGAUUGUUGGAAUAAACGAAAAUGCUUCAAGUUAUCAAGAAUACAGUCCCAAUAAAAAAGUACGGACUUUCUCUAAAUCUGUGGGUUUUCAGGAUUCAUUCGGUGACUACAUGUGCCGAGCAUCAAAUAACUUAGGUCGUCCCGGACCACCUACAAUCACUGCUGAUGGUUCCGAUUUGACAUGGUCUGUGCGAGCGUACGAACCAGUCAUUGAAUAUCGAAUCUACUACAGGCCCGAAAACGCAGAUGAAUGGAACAAGUACGAGAGCAUUCGGGCUGCGAAAGGUACAAUCUCUUCCUUUAAAAUGGAAGUUGCGUCACUCGAUGGCAACAAUUUAGGUGACAAUAAUGGCGAUGACAUCUGGCAACAUAGCGUUUCUUUAUUACCGUAUCUCGAAGCUGGUGUACGAUACGAGGUUACAGUAAAGGCUCGAAAUGCUCUUGGAUGGGGAUCGUUCGCACGGAAUAAUUCGCUUAUCGAAAUUCCAGCUGAUACUCACGGUAGGUGGUUUAAUUGAUG